UUCGGUUAAAAUAAGUUCAGACAAAAUAAGUCAAAUAUAACAAAGUCUAAGAUGUAUUGUUGAUAUUCCAAUUGCAUGUUGGUUCAGUGGUAAUUGUGGCUGAACUUGGUAGGUAGGACUCAUCCGUGUUCGAUCUCCUGCAACAACAAUUGGGAGGGGACUAAAACCUAUCCACCCAAAACUCACUCGGAAUCCAAAUUAGCUCUAAGUGUGAACCGCGUGGUAACACACAAAAAAAAGACUCUACUAAACUAGCAACACUUAUAUGAAGUGACAACCUUGAAUUGAGCUAGAUUAAUUAGCUACACAUAAACAUUCAUUCCAAUUCAAUGUUUUCGCUAGUUCUUUCUCCUCCUAUAAUUUCGUCGGCAAACCCCAUUAUUGGCGUAGUUGCUUAGACCCAACUGCGUAACGAUAGUUACUGGUCAUAAAAAAGUAGUCAAAUAAUUUUAGAAUAUCCGUGCAUACACAAAAUCUAAUCUAAUUGACCAGGAUAAGUUGAUGACAUGCAUGUUCUUUAAGUCUUUCUCCAUCCACAUGACACAUCAUCAACCAAAAACAUCACGUACCUUAACUACAUUAUUCAUUGCGCACUUGAAUUAGUUGUAUGUAGAUAUGCAUGAUCCCCAAUUCCCCAUACACCAUGCUACCUCUAUGGCUUUCCCUUAUUUCCCUCUUAGGCAUCCUCACCAUCUUCAAACACACAAUCUCCCUCCUCAAAUGGACAUACAUCACCUUCAUUAGACCCCCAAAAAACCUCAAAAAAACCUAUGGUUCUUGGGCACUAAUCACCGGCUCGUCCGAUGGCAUCGGACGAGCCUUCGCCUUCCAACUCGCAACCCAUGGCCUCGACCUCAUCCUCGUUAGUCGAACCACAACGAAACUCGACCGUGUCGCUCAUGAUAUCAAACACAAGUUCCCUAACACUAACAUCAAAGUGGUGACAAUAGACUUCACAAAGGAUGUAACAUAUGUUAUUGGAGAAAUUGAGAGGGUUAUUAAAGGGUUAGAUGUUGGUGUUUUGGUUAAUAAUGUGGGGAUUACAUAUCCAAAAGCUAUGUAUUUUCAUGAAUUAAAUGAAGAAAUGUUGCUUAAUAUUUUGCGAGUAAAUAUGGGAGCUAUAAGUGGAGUUACUAAAGCAGUAUUGCCUAGUAUGUUGCGGAAAAAGAAAGGUGCAAUUGUUAAUAUUGGUUCUGGUGCUUCUGUUGUUGUGCCUUCUCAUCCUCUUUAUGCCAUUUAUGCUGCUACUAAAGCUUAUACUGAUCAACUGUCAAGAUGUCUUCAUGUGGAAUACAAGAAUGUAGGGAUUGAUGUACAAUGUCAGGUACCUUUGUAUGUUGCCACCAAAAUGGCCUUAAAUGUGGCAUCCGUCAAGAGACCAACCCUAUUCAUUCCGACGGCAGAGGAUUACGCGGUGGCUGCAGUCCGUCGAAUCGGGUAUGAAGCAAGGUGCACACCCUUUUGGGCACACUCACUUCAAUGGUGCUUGGCUAGUUUUGUCCCCAAUAGUUGGCUCGAUGCUUGGCGCCUAUCUAUAGGCGUCCAAAGGAUCGAGAUCGGCUAUUUUAUAAUUCUCCCAUUUUUAUAAGACUAGAAUUAAGCUUGUGCAAUACACGGAUUAAUACAUUAAAAUUACAUAGGGAAUGCAUGAUUUAUUUA